UUGCCGCUGCGCUGUCUGCGGCCUUGCACUGAGGGAAAGGAAGGGAGAGCGGGGGCGGCCUAGGCCCAGGCCUCAGGCCCGGAGCUGGCGGGGGAGCAGCGGCAGAGGAGAGGGGCGAUGGACCCGGCCGAGGCGGUGGUGCAGGAGAAGGCCCUCAAGUUCAUGCCAAGAAUACACAUGCCUAAAGAUGGAUUCCAGCUUACGUCUUCUGGAUACCAAGCAUGGCUAAAGCAGUGCUCUAUGCCCCGGUCUCUGUGGCUGGGCUGUUCCAGCCUGGCGGACAGCAUGCCCUCGCUGCGAUGCCUCUAUAACCCAGGGACUGGCUCACUCACAGCUUUCCAGAAUUCAUCUGACAAAGAAGAUUGUAACAAUGAUGAACCCCCAAGGAAGAUCAUUCCUGAGAAGAAUGCACUCAGGCAGACCUAUAACAGCUGUGCCAGACUCUGCAUAAACCAGGAAGCAGUAUGUUUAGGAAGCACCGCUAUGAAAACUGAAAACUGUGUGGCCAAAACAAAACUUGCCAAUGGCACUUCAAGCAUGAUUGUGCCCAAGCAAAGGAAGCUGUCUGCAAGCUAUGAAAAGGAAAAGGAGCUCUGCAUCAAGUAUUUUGAGCAGUGGUCAGAGUCUGACCAAGUGGAGUUUGUGGAGCAGCUCAUCUCCCAGAUGUGUCACUAUCAGCAUGGACAUAUCAACUCAUAUCUCAAGCCUAUGUUACAGAGAGACUUCAUCACAGCAUUGCCAGCUCGAGGCCUGGACCACAUUGCAGAGAAUAUCUUGUCAUACCUGGAUGCAAAAUCUUUGUGUGCUGUUGAGCUAGUAUGCAAGGAAUGGUAUCGGGUGACAUCUGAUGGCAUGCUGUGGAAGAAGCUGAUUGAGAGGAUGGUCCGGACAGACUCCUUAUGGAGGGGUUUAUCAGAACGGAGAGGAUGGGGACAAUACCUUUUUAAAAACAAGCCUCCCGAUGGGAUGGCCCCACCCAAUUCCUUCUACAGAGCACUUUAUCCCAAAAUUAUACAAGAUAUAGAGACAAUAGAAUCAAACUGGCGAUGUGGAAGGCAUAGCUUACAACGAAUCCACUGUCGAAGUGAAACGAGCAAAGGAGUUUAUUGUUUACAAUAUGAUGAUCAGAAGAUAGUGAGUGGCCUCCGGGACAACACUAUCAAGAUCUGGGACAAGAAUACAUUAGAAUGCAAGAGAAUUCUGACUGGACACACGGGGUCUGUUCUUUGCCUUCAGUAUGAUGAGCGAGUGAUCAUCACUGGAUCAUCAGAUUCCACUGUCAGGGUGUGGGACGUAAAUACGGGUGAGAUGCUAAACACGCUGAUUCAUCAUUGUGAAGCAGUACUGCACCUGCGCUUUAAUAAUGGCAUGAUGGUGACAUGUUCCAAAGAUCGUUCCAUUGCUGUGUGGGACAUGGCAUCCCCAACAGAUAUCACACUUCGCAGAGUUCUGGUCGGACACAGGGCAGCUGUCAAUGUGGUAGAUUUUGAUGACAAGUAUAUUGUGUCGGCGUCAGGUGAUAGAACUAUAAAGGUAUGGAACACAAGUACUUGUGAAUUUGUGCGUACUCUAAAUGGCCACAAGAGAGGCAUUGCAUGUCUUCAGUACAGAGAAAGACUAGUAGUCAGUGGCUCAUCAGAUAAUACAAUCAGGUUAUGGGACAUUGAGUGUGGAGCUUGCUUGCGAGUCCUAGAAGGUCAUGAAGAGCUGGUGAGAUGCAUUCGCUUUGAUAGCAAGAGGAUAGUAAGCGGAGCCUAUGAUGGGAAAAUUAAAGUGUGGGAUUUGGUGGCUGCCCUGGACCCUCGUGCCCCCGCCGGAACCCUGUGCCUGCGUACUCUUGUGGAGCACUCUGGCAGAGUUUUCCGGCUCCAGUUUGAUGAAUUUCAGAUUGUCAGCAGCUCGCAUGAUGACACCAUCCUUAUCUGGGACUUCCUCAAUGACCUGGCUACUCAAGGAGAUUCUAACCGCUCACCUUCCAGAACAUAUACUUACAUCUCUAGAUAAAUAGCACUAAACUGUACCUCACACUUACACAGGACUCAUUUAAGCUGCGAUAUUUAAACUGUCUGCCAACGCCAGGGCAAAAGAAUUACCCACAAAACAUAUUCCUGAACAGAGGCCCUCAGAUACACUUCUGGAACCAAGUUGGCAAGAGGUUGAUCUUGAACGAGUUCAUCUUAACUCGGCUGACUGCUCAAGUGCUGCUAUAUCAGAAGAUUUCGUUUAUGUUUCCUGAGUGACUGAUGUGUUAGACUUCCCCUCUUCUAUCCCACCACAUCUCCUCUCUUGUCCCGACUACAGGCAUCUUAUAAAUAUAUUUAACAUGUUGCCAUGUUUCUUGUUUUGCUCUUAAGCAGAAAAAUCGUUGCCACCCUGCGUUCUUUCAGGACACUCGCCAUUUGAUGUAUUGAUAGAAGGGGAACAGCUGGUUGAUGCCUCCACCUUUAGGGGCUUGUGUAAGCACUUCUACUUAUUUGUGGGACGGCCUUAGAGAGUGGCCAGAUUUUUGAAAAAAAGAGGCCCUGAUGGUCAGAAAUCAGUUAAAAGAUCAUGAUAAAAGUUUCAACAAUUUUAUCUAAACCUUUGCAAUUAUUCAUGUAUAUGAAAUGUUGGUCGGGAGUUGACAUCUGAUGAAUGGUUCACUUCGGUCAAAGUUUAGUACUGUAAUGGAAGAGAGGAUUAAUGGUUGUAAUGUGGCUACAUAAUGGUUCACUACAUUGGGGGUCUUGGUAAGAACAAAGUCCCUUGUUCUCCUUUGCUUCUGCCUUGAAGCACCAUGGGACCUGGAUCCUUUAUUGUAGGGAAUAGUAUGAUGCCAAUAUUGGAAGUAUCUUCAUGAACUCCCAUCAGUACUGAGUGAAUGACGUGGUCAUUCAAAUAUUUCUUGCUAACCUGAUUGUAUUGUUACUGGCAGGCUGGCUGUUGUACAAUGCCAAAAAAAAUCAGCUGGAAAGGAACUACUGAAGCAGUGAAGGCUUACGGAGAUUUCUCAUUACAAUCUGCAAGUUAUUAAGGCUAAUUAAUGCAGGAUGGGAGAACAGAGGAAAAGAAACACGGGGAAUCUUGUCUAGUGGCAAAAAAGACCAAAAACAAACCUGUCCCGUGGUACUAAGUUACCCCCACUGCCUUCAGAAGCGAUUCUGAUAAUUGUCAUGAUCUCAUGAGACUAUUAGAAAUCUUGUCUUUUGACAACAAGAUACUAACUCUUCUGUUAAGCAUUUGUUUGAGGAAGAAAGGAAACAAGAAUUAAUAUUUGAACUUAUGCUGCUAGCCAGGCAAGUUACCUCUGUAACCUGUAUAUUCUUCAUUUCUUUGGGAGUGGAAAUGGCUCAAUUUUGGCAUUUACCAAGCCAGGCUCAAUACGUUCAUAAGUUGGUGGAACUAAGGAUAAUUGGACAGCUGGUCCUGUCUGUUAGUAUUGAUUUGCAUUGAGCUCCUCUGCCCUAUCCAAGGGUAUUCAGUCUAUAUGUCAUCCACACCCAUAUCUUCACCAAAGGCAUAGUCAGCAGUAACUGUUCUUUUUGGACAGGGAUUAUGUUGAUCUAUUCAUGCACACAUGCACCUGUCUUUCUGUAAUCGUAAACAUAAGCCCUCCAGAUAUCAGAAGAUUUUACUCUGCGUAGUACACCACAUACGUUUUCUUAUAUUUGGAGACACACUUUUGCCCUUGACGCUCUUUAAUCACUAUCCCCUUAGGUCCCUGGCCUAUAGACUUUGCAGUGUUGACUCUGUACAAGACGGCAGAUCGGCUAUAGUUGGAGCAUCAACAGGUUAUUUCCGUUCUCUUGCUUGCAGGCAGAGCUGUGAGAUCAGUGCUUUCUCACCUGAAUGCUGGUGUGUGUGUGUGUGUGUCUAUUUGGUUGUGGCUGUGUCAAGCACAUUUUUUUGCAGGUGGGCUACGUUACAAGGAGUUUGGGGAUCAAAUAAGAGAUUGCUGGUGCAACCCUUCCUUGGUUAUUAUGGUCCUGAUCUUUCUUGCUGCCGUUUCUGAGCGUUUCUAAGCAAUGCUUUUGGGUUUUCUAAUCAAACAUGGUACUGAACAAUUAACUAUAGUAUGUUUUGCUUUAAAAAUUUCAAAGGAAGAAGUGGUGUUUUUUUAAUAAAAUGAAAGCCCACUAUAGGAAAAGACUACUUGAGAAAUUGAGAUCUGCUCUUUCCAUUUCUAUCCCUCUCAAGUUCGAAGAAUUUCUUUAAAAAUGGCGUUUACAGGUUUUUUCAGCCUAUUCUAUUUCUAACCAUUUAGAAAGGCUGGUGUUCACUGGAAGGCUCAAAGCCUUGUAUCUGGUUAUUUCUAUGCAUCAGUGUUUCAUAUCCUAAUGGGAUCAAUAUCCUGAAGGGAUUUGAACUGAGAGCUGGAGGAGUUUUCUUUUUUUUGUCUUCCUAGAAUACACUGAGUUCUAGAGCUUGCUUUAGAAUGAAAUGUUGACUUGGAACUGCUGAUCACAAAUAGUCCUCCUGCCUUUCACUCUGAAGUAGAGGAGUCGACAGGAAAGAAUUCACUUGCAACGCACAACUAACUCUUAAUCAUAGGAGAUGACCCUACUAUAUAAAAUGGGCGUUUCUAACAGUAAGACAGCUAAUUCUCAUAAGCUCUGUGUGUGUGUGCACAACUUAAUAUGUUGCAUAGGAAUCCUAUACCAUAAUGGUGAACACUUUUCAUGUUCCAACAAGCUGAAUGCUUGGUGACUGUUUUAUGGCUCUAUGCUUGCUUGUGAAAUGUAAAAACAGGAGAGGGUAGCAUUCUCUAUUUUGAAUUUGGAAAUAAAUAGUGGGUGUUUGGCACCUCUCAAAAAUGUUAUGAGGCUCAAACAUAUAGAGUUAACAGUCAGGAGAAAUGCCAAUCCCUGUGUUUUUUCCCACUGUUCCUUUAUACUGGGAUGAGUGAACUCUUUGCAGGAGGAAAAUCUAGUGGUUUUCUGUAAUGAAGGCCUAUCCAAGUUGCCUCCUUCUUAGCACAUCCUCCUCUAUUUGGGGAGGAAAUAUUAGACAAACUCAGAAAUGACACACAAUGUUUUCAUGGUCCCUUAUGCCCUAUAUGAUGCAUAUUAACAAUUCUAAGCUGUGCCCCAGGUUCCCAUCAAAUAGUAAUUCUCCUGAAACAGGAGACCUUCCACAUGGUAUUCCUUUGCUCCCUAAGUAGUGUUUCUGGGUGAUCUCCCUUUCGAAUGAAAUCAGUCCCACAUAUCCAGUGUGAGCUCACUGUGGUAAUGGAAGCACAAUUUUGACUGUAAGCCACCUUUCCCUAAGCAACCUCCACGAGUUUAAAUGCUGCAUGUUAGGAACUGCAUGUUCUGGGAGCAACAUCUUUGUAUUAUAAGACACACCUCUUGAUCCUGAUCUGUAACAUGGUUACUAAAUUUAUGCAUGGGUUGAACCCAUCCUCUGUAGAGCUUCCUAGUGAAAUUGCAGUUGGGCGACUCUCUAUCUGCUUUUCACAAUGGAAGCUCUCUCCAAGAUCCUGCUGCAUCCUUCCACAAAUGUAGUUACAUGUUGGAUAAGUAACUGAGGUCUGGAGAAUGUGCUUGAGUUGUUGCUCAGUUGUAUUCGGAUCCUGUAAAGUAAUGAUCAUGCCAAGAUUUAUAAGUUAGUGAUCUUUCCCACUGAUGUGGAGUAUGUCAGGAAGGGGAUAUUAGACAUCCACAUCAACCCUAUCACUGGGUGACAAAAAUAAGUCUGUUUAGAAGCUGUUACCUGGGUCAUAUUUUCCGAUCUCAAAUCACUUUUCCUGAUGCAGUAUUUGCCUGGUCUCCUUUUGUGCGUAGAAAACCCAAAUGUCAGUGUUCACAAUGAAUUAUACAAACCCAAAAAAAGUGCCCAAAUUUGCUUAAGUGUUAAUUUGCAUGCUUUGUUCUGAACUCAGUAUUUGAGUUCUUGCGUAGUAUACAAAUGUUGGGCACAGAAAGCCAACCUGUCAGAGAGACUUGAUGGUUGUGAGGGGCUGACUGUACGGGAAAGAGCAAAACAAGGCUGUGAAGAUGGACUGCAGAAACUGAUGCUCCACUGUUUGACAGAGCAUUUCACAAUUAUUCUUGCAUGCUUUCUAAUACAUUUUCACUACAACAUAGGCUAGAAACAUUUUUUAAAGUGGAAGCUGAGAUUCUCAAGGAUCUAAUGUGCAUACAUUCCUACUGUGAGUGCAGAAUUGAAAAAAAUGUGCCCUGCUUGCAUUACAUUUAAGCCAAUGAUUUCCAAACUCUGGCCCUUCAGGUGUUUUGGACUUCAGCUCCCAAGAGCCUCAGCUGCCUUGGCCAGUGAUCAGAGAUUCUGGGAGGUGAAGUCCAAAAAAUCUGGAACACCGGCAUUUGGGCAACGCUGCUCCAAGCAGAUGCUUUAUUAGAAAAAUACAGAGGAACUUUUUUUUCUGAAAUGCUUCUAAAUGCCCUGUUUUAUUUUCUACAUAUAACUGUAAUCCUACUAGCUGCUUUUAUUGUUUAACACAGAGUUUUGAACUGCAUAACUCUGUGGAAGUAAACAAGGAGCUGUAAAUUUUCACAUAUCAAAUCAUGACUGGUUGAAGUGGGAAAGAAAAAAUAGCUGCUGGUCAUACAUUGGAGUGCUGCUCAGAAUAUAACAACAAACCUUUUUGUGUCUUUAUUCUUUAAAAGGGAAUUGUCUGUUUUGCUUUUGUAUAUAAUAGUGGGAAGGGAUGCAACUUCACAAUCUGGCAAAAGAGAAUUGGUUAUGAUGACAAUUACUCUUAUCUAAUAUCUUGUUGUUCCCUUGAAAGUUUACACCCAAUAGACUACUACAUGUCUAUUGCAACUGCAGGAAGCUCGGAGAAUUGUGGGCACAGGAGGUUGAAAAGAAAAGCAUACGAUCGUAUUUGUAACUCUGCUCUCUUUGUUCUCUAGAUUCUAAAAGUAAUGAGUGCUUUGGAAUUUUUGUGAUUAUGUUCUGGUGCUGUGUCGCUAAUGUACUAAUGUUCACUUGAGCUAGGGUCAUGGUAACAAGUGUGGUUUUUUAAAAGAAAUAUUUUAACUGUUCAGAAGAUAACUUAAAUACAAAUAUAUGAAUCUCCAAA